AUGACAGGUGAUUUUUUAGAGGGGUAUGCAUUUAGGUCUCAUCACAAUGUCAACGAGGAAAACGGAAAUGGAUGUCAGCAAGGUCGGGAGCCUAGCCCAGGUGGUGGGGCUGUGGUAGCAGCACCAGACCUUAGAGACGCAGCAAAUGCAACACAUGCAAGCGGCAGGGGCGCAGCAACAAGCGGCAGCGGCCCAGCAAUUGCAACAGAUGCAAGCGGCAAGGAUGCAGCAACAAGCGGCAGCGGCCCAGCAAUUGCAACAGAUGCAAAUGGCAGCGGCGCAGCAACAACAGCAAAUGCAAGUGGCUGCGGCGAAACAAUUGCAACAGAUUCAAGCGGCAGCGGCGCAGCAACAUCAGCAGAUGCAAGUGGCAGCGGCGAAACAAUUGCAGCAGAUGCAAGCGGCAGCAGCGCAGCAACAUCAGCAGAUACAAGUGGCAGCGGCGAAACAAUUGCAACAGAUGCAAGCGGCAGCGGCGCAGCAACAGAUGCAAGCGGCAGCGGCAAAACAAUUGCAACAGAUGCAUGCGGCAACUGCGCAGCAACAGCAGAUGCAAGCGGCAGCGACGCAGCAACAUGCAGCAGCGACGCAGCAAUUGCAGCUAAUGCAGGCGGCUAUGGCUCAACAGCAUGAGGCCGCCGAGCAACGGUACCAGACGAUGUGCAAGUCAUUGGAGACGGAGAAUCGGGCAGUCGGCUACGAAUAGGUAUAUCUUGUGGAAUGUUGUAACUUUGCAAGUGAACGGUUCAUCUCCUAUAAUUGUUGAACCUGGAUGACCUGGCACGAGUUUGGAUUUUUGCUGUAAUAAAUUUGUUUUCUGUGGCUAAUGAGUUUAUUUCCCUUCUCCUGGUGACAUCAAAAUCAAUCAUUCGAACAGUUGUAUAACUUUUUCUUCUUACAUUAAGUAGGUUCGUUUCAUUUGCGCACACCAGAUGCGUGUUUGGAGGCUGAGGCGCCCGCGCUGAGAAUGCUCAAGAGACCGCCUGGCGAACUCGCUUCCCGCCCCAGCCGCGGCCUCCUGACUUAUGGAUGCAUGACACGAGGAGAGAGCAGUUCUGCCGUUAGGGCUGAGUCCGCAUGAAGCAUGGUUGCACUGGACGCGGC